GAGGGUAAAAUGUGAUUAAAAUGAGGACAUUCUUAAUGGAGAUAUUGACAGGAUAUACACUUCCUAACUCUUUUAACCAAAAAUAAUACGUAAUUCAUGAAUUUUAACUUGAAAUUUUACACAAAUGUAUAAUAAUUUUUACAUUUUUAUUUUAAAAGUUUAAUUGUAAACCUAAAUUUUGGUCAGGUACUCAUUUAUAGCCUGUUUAUAGGCCUACAUAUAUUGACACACACAUACACUCUUAAAAGUAAAACGGCAAUGCCAUAGAAGAACCAUUUUUUGGUUCCCCAAAGAACCUUUCAGCGAAUGGUUAAAAGAACCAUUCUUAGUGUGAGGAACAUUUUAAAACUCUAAAGAACAUUUUUCACUAUAAAGAUCUUUUUGUGGAAUGGAAAGGUUCCAAGGAUCUUCAUGGAACCAUAGAUGUCAAUAAAGAACCUUUAUUUUUAAAAGUAUUGAUUCAUUUUAGAUUAAAUUAACAAAACCGUCACUUUUAAUGCUGCAGUGCUGCAACAAAACACCGAAAUGCAGUAUGGUAUUAAGAUGUUGCAGGCAGCAGACAGGAUAAAGUUACACUCUCCCUGUGGAGUGAAGAGAGCGCGCCGCGCAUGCACGGUAAGAGCGCCGACAGACGGGGAUACAGUAAUGGAUGGGGGUUGGGACAGAUGGAUUGUUUUAGCAGGCAGACGCGAGGAACUUCUUAAACGAGUAAGAUCGCAUUUAAUGUAGUUUGAAGGACAGACAACUAUCUCAGCGUGGUGGGCCGUUUAUCAACACAAAACUUUGUUGCAUUUGGUGCGAGUUUGUGGAUAACGGAAGACUCGCGCAUGGAUUGAUUCACAGGGAAUGCUGGAGUGCCGCGCGAACUAACAUUUCUUUGCUCUUGGAGUAAAGAAACAGCCCCAAAUUUGCACUGACGCUAUAAGUUCUGAGACACAUUUUGGGAGAAUGCGGUGGCUGGGAUGUUAUCGGCUGGGGCCCAUAUGGAAAGCACUCCUGGUAUUUGUUGUCAUCGCUUUUGCUGGGCAACUACUGGGAGUCAUCUUCAACAAGAGCUGGAUGCAGCCAGAGAGGCCUCACUCCCUCUACUCUCUUCCCUCUGAGAAUUCCCAAGGGGCCUCUCUGGGGUCUUGUCAACCCCACAUCCACAUCAUGUUCCUGAAGACUCACAAGACAGCAAGCAGCACCGUUCUCAAUUUGCUCUAUCGUUUUGGAGAGGAGCGGGGCCUUAAAUUUGCCCUGCCUGUGGGGUACCAAUUUGGCUACCCGCUGCCCUUUAUUGCCCAGAGAGUGAAAGGAUACAGAGGCCCUCACGUGGCAGAAUUUGACAUUAUGGGAAAUCACAUGCGUUUCAACAAACCAGAGGUUGAAAAGGUCAUGCCAGCAGACACCUUCUAUUUCUCCAUCCUUCGAGACCCUGUGGCGCUAGCUGAAUCUUCUUAUGCCUACUAUAAAAACGUUGCCCCUGCCUUCAGGCGUGCCAAAGGACUGGGUGAUUUUGCAGACAACCCCUAUAAGUACUACGACCCCAGACUCCGAAACAACCAUUAUGCCCGCAACCUGAUGUGGUUUGACUUUGGUCUGGACCAUACCUCCAACUUUAGCCUAGCUCUGGCCAGGCGCGGUGUGGCAGCAGUGCGUCGGAAUUUCAAGCUCAUUCUUCUCUCAGAGUAUUUUGACCAAUCUAUGGUGCUGCUGCGCCACGCUCUGUGCUGGCCGCUAGAUGCUGUGGUUUCUUUUAGCCUAAACGCCAGGCAGCAAGUGUCCAGUGGAAGGUCAGGAUGGGUGGGCAAAGCUGCAGCUCCAGCCCCUUUGGCUUUAACAGACAAGCAAAGAUCAAAAUUACGUGAGUGGAAUGCGCUAGACUGGCACCUUUACCAAGCUUUUAAUCUUACUUUUUGGCAGGAAGUAGAGCGCUUUGGGCGUAGUCGAAUGGAGACUGAGGUGGCCUUGCUUAGGACCAAACGGGAGGUUCUCACUCGCAUUUGCUUACGCGACGGCGGCCGCCCCAUAGAAGCCAGUCGUAUCCGAGACAAGACCAUCCGCCCUUUCCAGAGUGGAUUAGUGAAGAUCUUGGGUUAUGAGUUGCAGACGGGACUGGACAACGCCACGUGGGAAGCUUGCCUACGCAUGAUCAGGCCUGAGAUUCAAUACAAAGACUUGCUGGAUCUUCGGCAAUUCCCGCGUGCCCAGCAACCCCCAGUCGCUGGAGGGCUUCCAAUAAGGAGGGAGUCCUUGAAACUCAGGACCGAAGACCGUGGGGGAAAGAGGCUUGUGGAAAGGGACUGGGAUGGGACCAUUCUGUUUCGGAAUCAAUCGUUAGAUCAUCAGAUUGAUUCAAAAGUAAGAUUUAGAUAGUGAGCUAGUUGCACCUUUUUGCCUCAAGGUCAGUAGUUCUGACCCAUUUUGGCUCCAUGGGCCUCUGUGCUGCACUACUAGAGGAGAAGGGAUAUCCAAGACAUACAACACACCACUUUGUCAUCGGCUCUUUCUCCUCAUCUUGCCCUUCUACACGCUAAUUUAUACAACGCUAAGUGUCAGAGUGAAGAAGAGGUACAUUGCAGUGGCUGGUGUGAUAUAAUGGUGCAAACAUGCCAGAUGGUGGCUAAGUGCAAAAAGCUCGCUGUUGGUGAGUUUGACAUUGAGAAGAUGCUGCUUCUCUGUCCAUGACGAGCCAUGGUUUGGUACGAAAACGCAACUUAGCAGUAUACAUGUCAUGUAAGUGGUUGCAGUGUAGGGAUGGGCGAUAUGGACUUAAAAAAAUAAAUAUUUUCUUGUAUUUAUUGCGAUAACGAUGUCAAUGAUUAUAUAAACGUAGUACCAUUCACCACUGUUUUAGCUACAAAAAAAAAAAAACAGUAAAAAAUCCAAACACCAGCCCUUGCAGAAAUGAAAAAGUUGCAGAUUUACUUUAAAUUUACAAAUUUACUUUAAGUUUACAUGUAGCACGUCAAUUCUGCGUGGUAUGUAAGACUCUCUCGCUCUUUCUUUGAGUGUGUGAGAAAGUUUUACUGGUAUACCAGUAGAUAUCGCCCAUCCCUAUUGCAGUGUUUCAAACACACUGUUAAAACCCACUUUUAAUCAGAUAAAGUAUUUUUGGUACAUUAGUGUUUAAAAGUUUGGGGUCAGUAUGUUUUUUUUUUUUUUUUUAAAGAAAUGAAUACUUUAUUUAACAGGGAUGCAUUAAAUUGAUCAGAAGUGACAAUAGAGCCAUUUAUAAUGUUACAAAAGAUUUGUUUCAAAUCAAUGCUAUUCUUUUUUGAACUUUUCAUCCUACUAAAAAUGUAUUACGUUUUCCACAAAAAUAUUUGUUAAAAUAAAUUACAGUAAUGAUUUCUGAAGGGUCAUGUGACACUGAAGACUGGAGUAAUGAUGCUGAAAAUUCAGCUUUGCCAUCAAAGGAAUAAAUUACUUUUAAAAUAUAUUAAAAUAGAAAACAGAAUAUCAUAAUAAUAUUUCACAAUAUUACUGUUUUUAUUGUAUUUUUGAUCAAAUAAAUGGUUAGCAUAAGAGACUUCUUUAAAAAAAAAAAAAAAAGGAAAAAAAGACCCCAAACUUUUGAAAGUGUUAGUGAACAUCUAGUAUCACUACCAACUAAAAAGCUUUUGCAUCCAAUGAAAUAGCAAUUUGAUAUUGGAAAUGCAUUUGAAUUUGUUUAUGGUACAAAAAACAUGGAUAUCCAUUUGCUGUAUGAAGAAAUUCCACAUAAGUGGAUUCACAGACCCUUCAUUGUCUGGCACACAUGAUUCAAACAGUGGUACUGUUCAGAGUGGCUGGAAUUUCAUUUUAUAUCCAUUUAUAUGGGUAAUUAUUCAACAGGAAUCCUGAUGGCGUUUUCUAAUCGAAUACAUUGCAAACUUUUGUUUUAUAUGCCUCACAUUCAGUUUAAAAAACUGGGAACUGAGAGAAGCCACAAAAGCAGACUUGCAAUAGUUCGAUUUUCCGUGAAACAGUAUAAGCUAUCAUGAUUUCCCUGGGUCUGUGAGAACAACAUCUCCAGUUUUUAACACUGUGAAAUAAUAUGACCAUUCAUAAAGGGCAAAAUGGGCUGUAGAUUUGUAUUUAUUAACCUCAUUGAUUGGCCAAUGCACUUCCUGUAACAGUCUGUUUACCUCUUGAUGUUUGCUAGAGUUUGAUAUUUUCAGCAUUUUUAUUUUGAUGUUUUGAGUAAAAAAAGAUGGUGAAUGUUUAUUAGCAUGGUAAAUGCGGUCAUUUCUGAGGCCUGUCAUAGACACUUUAUUGACCAGAAAAAACUCCACCUGAAAUUCCAAAACUCAAUGGUUAUUUUGCCUUACAGUUAGUACCUUUGUGAAGCAGUGCUUUAAUAUCAAAGCUUGCUGUAUUUAUUAUGCUUUUGUAUAAAUUUCUCUGUGUAUCUACUGCAUUUAUACUCUAAAACUAAAAUGUUUUUUCUCUUAUUGUGAGUGCUGAGAAAACGUAGUGUAGAAAUUUGACUGGAAUGCACUGUGCAAAUUGCCCCAUGUAUAAAUACAGCCAGCUUUAUGCAAAUUUCAGUCCGCAGAGAAAGACGAUAUCUGACAUUACAAAUUAAUUUAUUUCCUCUGUUCUAAUUCAGAUGUUGAAAUGAAGAAAACACUAGGUAUGCUCAUUCAUGUGUCAUUUAUUGUAUAGUUAGGAUUUAUAUGCAUGACUAUAAUUAGCAAUCAUUUCCUUGUGUAACUGAUAAACAACUGCAUAUUUUGACUUGUAUUUUAACACCCCAUUCCAUUUUAGUUUGAAUUGUACUAUUGCCAGUUAAUUAACUGUCUUUAUCACUGAAUUUUCCAUCCACAGUAGCUUCUGUGUUUGCAGAUCACAUGCAGUUAUUGAUGGAGCUAAAUUCAAAAAUAAUUAAAUGAUUUAAAUUCAAAUCUUAGAAAAAAGAUUUUUGUUCAGUAAACAUGGAGUGAAAGAAGAUGCAUUUAACUGAUUAUAUUUUACAAAAAAGACUUGAUUUGAAAGUCUUAAUGAUCCAUUUUGAUAAGACCCUUUUCUCUUUAAAAACUCUGAUGUUGGCUAAUUUAAUGCUUCUGGCAUUAAAAAGAAAAUAUUAAUGCUACUGCUGUAAAACAUUUUGAAGAAAUUCACCCUAAAUUGAAUUUAAGCAUUGAUUUCCUGUUCAGCUUGAGAUGUAUAAUAGCUUUUACAUUCAUUCACCUCAUUUUAGUGAAUACUCUGUAAUAAGACUUAAAGUCUGGCAAUAUUGUGCUGUAAUACCUGCGUGUCAUACAAAACAGUAGGUUCUGCGUCUUCAUGACUCUUUAGGUAGAUUACCUGUGGUACUGCAAUUUAAAGAUAAACCAAAGAGGUACUGAUGUUUCUGUGCUUGGAAUCUUGAUAUGACAAAAAUUGGCACACAGUUUUUCAUUAUAUUCAUUGACUGGAAAAUUAAUUCAGAAGGUGUGCAAGGGGGCAAAUGCAGCCUACAUUCUGUGUCUUUGCAGAUUUGAUCCAACUGACAUCAACUAUCAUAUCAUAAGAGAAGAAAAAAACACAGGCAGAAAGUUAAUUAAAAAGUGUUCAUUUUUUCCAUGCUACACUGCUCUUACAACACAAUCUAUAAAUCAGUACGAGUCAAUCAGUUUCAUUUGAGCAGGAUAAGUAAACUCAUUAAUGUCUGUUCUGCACUUUUGAGGCCAUAAUGCGAUUCACAUGAUGUUUCUGGUUGGGUUUCUCUUUGUCUGAGAUUUUUCAAACCUGUUUACCAUAUUUAUUAUUUUUCUUUGUUACUUGAAUAUAUGGGGAAACCUCUGUAAAUAUUUGAGUGUGAUCAACCUGAUUUGGGUUACUUGUAUGUAGUAAAAUAAAACAACUUAAACUUUUA